UAGUGCUUAAAUUCUCUUGGGUUCUGUGAGUGUGGGUUUACGUCAUAUUUCUAAUCGUCUAUAAAGUUUUUAAGAUUCUAAAUUUCUAUUUUGAAGAAGUUAAAACGCCAUUUUUGCCUACGUUUUAAAUAUUGCUUUAGGAAGACACUAGAGUUCAAAUCCUACAAUUUUCAACAAAUAAUUGUGUUUAAAUUUGAGCUACUCGUCCAUUAACAAGACAUCGUAGAAAUAACAAUUAUUAUCAACAAUGGAAAAUCAGGGUGGCACAUCUGGACCUAGGGUAAGCGACAAGAAGCUUGCUCAAACCCAAGCUAAAGUUGAUGAAGUGGUUGGUAUAAUGCGAGUGAAUGUUGAGAAAGUAUUAGAGAGAGAUCAGAAACUGUCGGAAUUAGACAAUCGUGCUGACGCUCUACAACACGGGGCAGCUCAAUUUGAGCAACAGGCUGGUAAACUUAAACGAAAAUACUGGUGGCAAAACUUAAAGAUGAUGAUAAUCAUAGGCGCGGUUGGAGCUAUUUUGCUUAUAAUCAUAAUAGUGUGGGCUACUGGAGGCAGUGGAAACUCCAGUAACAGUGCUCCUGCUGUCACACCAGCACCUGAUGCAUCUGGAUGAAGAAUGGGCCAACACUUGUACCUUGCUUUAAAGUUAUUUAAUUUAACUGAUGUUUCUAAAAUAUCUUGACUGACAGAAAACAACUAUUUUAUAAUAAUUUACUCUUUGUGGUUCUUACUCUACAAAACCUGCACAAAUAAUGUACUAGCAUACAUUUCUAAAGUUUUAAAUAUUUUGAUAUAUAAUAUACAUGUCUUAAAAGGCAACCAGUGUUAAAUUGUUAUAUUAAAACAAAAUAUAUUAUGGAAUGUUAUAGUAUGCAAUAUUUAAGUAUUUUGAUAUUGCUGUAGUCUACUUGUUAUAGUUUUAAGGCAAAUGGAUGUUACAUCAUAGUUGUGAUGUUUGAUGGAUUACAAGUUGUCUUCUGUUAUAAAUUAAAUUGUUUUGUAAUAACUUAUCAACAAUGCUAUUAUGUUUUAUGUAAGAGAUUAAUUGUUUCAUUUUCUUUUACCUUUAGUAUUUUGUCAUUUAGGUGUAAAGAUGAAAAUAUUAUUGCUUUGUGUGUUAACCAUUGAUAUAACAAUGGUUAUAGUAUAUACCAUCCAUGUUGGAAGCCACAACAAAAUACUAUUCUGUUAGUCAAUAAUUUCAAACAAACAUUCAUCACUAAAAUCUGAACUGAAAAGUAUUUUGUCAGGCACAAGUAUUAAUAUAUAAAUACAACAUAAGUUAUUAUUUCUAUAUACUUUAAACAUAUUUUUUCUUUUGUGUUUCUUAUAAUAAAUGGGACCAGUUUAUGUAUAAGACCAAUGCGCACCAAUUAACUAUUGGAUCAUGGAUGUUCAUCAUAUUGUAUGGAGAAAACAUUGUAUUAUAAUGAAGAAAUCUUUGUCUGUUUAUAUAUUGUAAAAAAAUAAAUAUUAUAUUAUCAGA